AUGCAAGAAAAGUUCCCAGCAGAGAGCUCUGCUAUGGCUGCGGCCCGACCAGUUGGCAGUCAAGCUAGCCCAGCUAGCAUUGAGGAUGAGGAGGGUGAGGAGGGCAAGGAGAAUGAGAACGCAGAUGAGAAGGAUGAGAAUGUGGAUGAGGACGUAGAUGAGUACGAGGAUGAGGACGAGGAUGAGGAUCAUCCAGAGAUGGGAAAUGAAGUCCCAGAGUCCCAGGCCACCCGCCAUGCUGAAGUCAUGGGAGUGUUGAAGCAGAUACUUCAGAAGAUGUGCGAUAUUGAAGAGGAAUUAAAAAAAACAAGAAAAUAA